AUGGAAAAGGCAACUUUUUGGGCAAUUUUUGGGUUCAUAUCAAUGGGAAUAAUACUAUCCUUCACUUCUAUGGGAAUUUUCUUAACAAAAUAUGAUUAAGACAAGGAAGCAUUAAUUCAUAAAAAGGCUGUUUUGACAGAGUAAAUAUUUUAUCGAUAUUAAGUGCUAAUGCAUUGUCUUGGGGUGCUACUCCUGGUUUUAAAGAUGUAAAGGAAAUUAAUAACUUUCAAUUUUUUACUCAUCAAUCAGGAAUCAUGUUUGCUACAGCGAAUGAAUCAUCAUAAUAUUCCUAUGUAUCUGAAUUGUCAAAUAGAACUUAUGUUCCUUCAGUAAUUCAAUUUAUAAUAUCUAUAGUCAUUAGGAUUCAUCAAAUUCUUGCCUAAAUUUAAGUUUGAGAAAAUAUCAGAUAAGACAAGUGAUAUUACACAUCUGAAUAUUGCAGCAAUCUAAUAUUUUUACAAAAGUUUAAAUUAGCCGGCUUUCGCUAAGUUACCCAGAUAUCUAAAUAUGAUCUUUAGAGGAUUGUCUUAAGAUUUCAUAAAUUAUUAUUUUGCUCACAUCAUGUAUGAUUUCUAUACAAGUGAUUAGUAAUUAGUUUAUGAAACUAUAUUCACUCCAGCAAAAAUCAAGUAAUGUAGAAUAAUAAUCUUAGUUAAGAGACAUAAGUUAAAUUAUGGGAUGAUGAACUAUAUGGAUGGAAAUCUGAAACAAGUUUCUCUAAAUGGGUUAGAGCUUAUUUUAAUGGAGGAGAUUCUAAAUUAUAAUUAUACUUUUCUCUAUCAGAUGAAUAAAUGAAUUAACUUAUAGGGAAAGGAUCAACAAUCAAUAAACUCAAGAAACUUAUCAUCAAUUCAGUUUCUACUGGUGUUUAAGGAACAAAAAAAGGAACUUGUUAAAAUAAAAAUGAAUGUACUUUAUGGGAAUUAGGAAUGAUUUAAUGGUCAUUUGGGGGUUUAACAACUAAAGACUUUGUUCCACCAGUUACUUUUGGGAAUGGAAGUUAUGCUAAAUUUAAUGAUUCAAUCCCUGAAAAUUAUGAAUUCUAUUUAAGUGGAUCUGAAUAUUAAUAUGAUGAUGUGAAAAAUAUCAUUAGUGAAAACUUUGAAUAAAUGCCUAAUCUUUUAGGUUUCAACACAAUGUAGUAUAUAUGGGAUAACAGAGAUCAUCUUGAAAGAGUUUCAAAUAAAUUAAGUUGGCCAACUGAUAAUUUAACAAAUUUCACAAAAUCUAAAAAUUUGAUAAAAUAUCUUAAUACUCAAUAUGAUUAUAUAAAUAAUAUCGAAGAUACAUAUGCAUUUUAAACAUGGAGAUUCAUGAGCAAAAUGAUAUAUGAAGCUGGUAUUAUGUUAAGAGAUGGGUUAUACGCAAAAGCAUUGUUUUAUAAAUUUAAAACAAUCGAUUGUGAAGAUGACUAUUUUAUUCCAUUUGUAGAUGCAUGUGGAAGUAAAUAUGAUUUUACUUUAAAUGCAAAAAAUGCAUUAAUUUGGGUAAAUGCUGCAUUUGAGAAGAAAGGAUCAGAUUCAUUUAAAACCUUGUAAAAAGAUUUAAAAGCUAAUGAGGAUGUUUUAUGGGAUUAUUUAUCAGAUGGUUUGUCAGAUUUUUCAAAAGCUUUGAAUGAAUUUCAUUUGGCAAUAUCAAAAUAUUAUAAAUGCACAUAUUAAAUAUGUUAAGCAGAAGAAUUAUGGUAUAAGUAAUGGGGAAAUAGUUCAGUAACUAAAAGUUAUCCAACAUAAUUAGCGUUUAAACCCGAAGAUGAAACAAUAACAAUAGCAAAUUGGGAUAUAUAUUCUGAUAAACCUUUUGUCCAUUAUGAAUUUUAUUCAUUUAGUGGUGAAAAAAUAAAUGAAAAGAUAUAGUAAAAACUAUUUCAUUUUGACAUGGGAGGAAUAUUUGGAUACUAUUCUUUAAGAAACUUAUAUGAGAAUCAUUUUAAUAGUACAAAAAAGUUGAAUGAAAAAUUCCCAUUAUAAGAAGAAUAAUUAAAAUGGUUGAUUAAGUAUUUGAAACAUUGUUUAACUAAUUAUUGGUAUGGAGGUCAUAUGAUAAAAACAUAGUAAUAAAAAUAUUUAUUUGAUUAUGAUAAUAUUUACACUGAUAAAAUAUCAUCAUUUGAACCAGUUUAUGAAGGUAAUAAUUUUAGAGAUAAUGGAGCACAUCUUUUGGAAUAAAACAAUUAAGAAUUUAUGAAAUUUGCUACUAUGUAUGAUUUUUAUUAAAUGGAUACUGGUAUAAAAGAUGUUGAUAAUGUUGGAUAAGUUAUGAGAACUUUAGAUGAAUCUAAAAUAAAAAGAAAAAGAAUCCUUUAUUAUAAUCCUUAAACAGAAUAUUAAACUUAAUAUUACAAUUAUCCUUAUGGAAAAGAUAGUAAUGUUUAUGGUAGUUAUGGUUAUGCAUUCAAGCCUGAUUUAAUUGCUAAUUUCUAAAAAGAAUUACAAUUAUUUGAUUUUGAUAUACAUAGGAAUAUCACAUUAAAAUAUGUAGAAACUACAACUUAUAAAGGUUAUGAUGUAAUUAAAUACAAAUUAGAAGAUUAAACAAUUUCCCUUUAACCAUAUACAGAUCUACCUAUAUUUAUGACAAUAGGUAGAUAACCUCUUAAUGAAUGUGUUCUUAUUAAUGGAUAAUCUUGCAAUUAAUACAUUCUUAAUGUUCCUGAAUCAUAUUAUACUAUUGAAGAAAUUACCGGUAAAGUUGUUUCAUUCACUAAAACUUAUAUCUAUUGGUUAUAAAUUGAUAAAACAAGUCCAUUAAAAUAAGAACCUUUAAAUGAUGAACUAAUUGUUCCUUUACUUAAAAGAACUAUCACAUAUGAUUUCAAUGAAGAUCAAAUGAUAGAACAUUUUCAAGAUGUUAAAGAUCUUUAAAAACAUAAAGAUAUCAUAUUUUAUAUAACAUUAACAUUUGGACUUCUAUUUAGUUUAGCAUUUAUUGGAUUCAUUGUAUACUUUAGAAAGAAUGAACAAAAUAUCAAUUCAAGAGCUCCAUCAAUUUAUUCAGUUGUUGCUGAUGAAUGAAAAAGAC